CCAAGAAAUGUGGACGACAGCCCAUAUUGUCUUGUCGGGCUGUCUGCCGCGCAUUCGCAGGUUUCGAAUUUCAAAUUCGGCGCUUUCCUUGCAAGAACAAUCAAUCCUCUCUCUGCAAAUCACAUUGAAGCAAAGCGCCGAGCGAUCACAGCCCUGACGCUUUGACCUCCCGGAAGUUUCUUAUAGUCGAGGUUUUCUUGAUGACUCCAUGAAUGCUACAAACCCUGUCGUCUUCCAUCCAGCUGACACUGAAAGGUGAACUGAUAGGAGUCUAAUAUUCCAAAUGGUUGGGCUGAAGAUCAUUUACCCAAUUUUUCCUUUUCGUUUUGAUUCAUAGCGAACAGUCUUUGUGCAUCCUCUCCACUGAAAGCGAUUCUAUUAAAUUCUCCUGCUACGCUUCAGACCAAAAACACUGGCAAUCCUUUUUGGGACUGUUGAUCAAUGGCUCCCAAAAGUGUGAGCACUUAUGAGGAAGCUCGAAAGCAACGGAUUGAAGAGAAUAAAAAGUGUUUCGAGAAUUUGGGGAUUUCAAAGACUUUGAAGUGCCUAGCUGAGCUGCAAAGUUCUGAGAAGUCUGUGAAACGUCAUCCAAAACCCAAAUCAGAGAGUAUCUACACAUUAGAGCCAAGACGUUCUUCUCGUGCACGAAAUCCAGUUCCUUCAUACCGUGAUGAUGUCAACAUAGAGCUUCCACAUUUGAGAAAGAGAUCAAGGAUAAGUUCUUCAUGGGCUAGCUACAUAGCAAGACCACUGGACGAAUGCAAAACUGCUUCUUAUGAAGAAAGGUCUCAAGCUUUUAACGGCGCAGAAGACCUCCAAGGCAAGCUAACAGCUGGAAACCCAUCUUUCGUAAAAUCCAUGGUCCGGUCUCAUGUUUAUAGCUGUUUUUGGUUGGGACUUCCUUCCAAAUUCUGUGAGGAUCAUCUUCCCAAAACAACAGUAGAUAUGGUGUUGGAAAGUGAAAAUGGAGCAGAAUAUGAUGCUGUUUACAUUGGCAAGAGAACUGGGCUAAGUGGUGGAUGGAGAGCAUUUGCAUUGGAGCACAAGUUGGAUGACGGCGACGCUUUGGUCUUUGAACUGAUUGACCCUGCAAGAUUUAAGAUUUACAUUGUAAGAGCAGCCAGUUGUUCAAGUGAAGAAGAUGAUGAUACCGCUGUUCGUGCUGGAGACAACAAAAGCGCAUCAUCCCAUGGGGCAGAAAAGGCCGACAAGAAGAGCGAGCAAAGACCAAAAACAAGAACAAAGAAAGAUGUAGGCUCCUCAAAAGCUUCUUCAAGCAAAAAGAAGAAGAAAUGAUGAAGGAUAGAACAAACUCUUACCAAGGCCCAAAAAAAGGAACAAAUCCACUGGAUAUUUCCAGAAAGCGGGUGGUUUUUGACGAUGAUGAGAUGUUGUAAACUAAAUGAUGACCGGUGAGUAUUGGAA